AUGUCGGCACCCGCACCACAAAACCCUGUCUUUCACGUUGACCCUAACAAGCUUGAAGCUGUCAGGAGAAAGUAUGCCGAAGAAGCACAGAAAAGAUUGAGAACAGAAGGCUCUGCACAAUUUCAAGCCCUCAACGAAGCCUCAGAAGAUCGACUUCAUUCGCUUCUAGACGAUCCGUGGGCGGAUCACGCAACAUUGAAUGCUAGACAAUCGCCAUUCCGCGAAACCAAACAUAUUCGAUUCUUCGUCCUUGGGGCCGGGUUCGGAGGACUGCUGUACGCGGUCAACCUCAUUCAAUCCGGUGUCGCGACCGCAGACGACAUCCGAAUCGUCGAUGCGGCUGGCGGCUUUGGCGGGACUUGGUACUGGCACCGGUAUCCCGGACUGCACUGCGACCUCGAGAGCUAUUGCUAUCUGCCUCUGCUUGAGGAGACUGGCUACAUUCCUACAAAGAAGUACGCUCCGGCCGCGGAAAUCCGUCGAUAUGCGGAACUCAUUGCGUCGCGAUGGACGCUUGACGACAAGACUCUGUUCCGGUCUGACGUGCAGAGUGUGCAGUGGAAUGACGACAAGGAGCUCUGGAAUAUCAGUCUCUCAGAGAGACGUGGUCCUGGAGAACCUGUGAUUAAGCAAGACAUCCAGGCGCAGUAUAUUUAUCUGGCUGCGGGUGUUCUCACAAAGCCACAAGUCCCAAAGAUUCCUGGUCUCCUUUCCUACAAAGGGGAAAUAUUCCACACUUCUAGAUGGAACUACGAUGUCACUGGCGGAUCACAAGAAGAUCAAACACUCACCAAUCUGCGAGAUAAGAGAGUCGCAAUAGUCGGUACGGCUGCAACAGCCAUAGGAGCAAUUCCCACGCUCGCCAAGUUCGCAAAGGAGCUGUACGUGGUGCAGCGGACGCCAGCCUACGUCAAGGGUCGGGGUCAACAAGACACGGUCCCCGAAACUUUCAAAGCUACUGUCGCGAGAAAUAAAGGUUGGCAAUUUGAGAGGCAGAUCAACCUGAACCGGCACAUGACCAACGCCCUCUUGCCAGGACAGCCCAAUCUGGUGAACGACGGCUGGACCGAUAUGCCCGCUUACUCCGCGGUCAUGGGAUCACCCGCCCACGGCAUCGCCAAUUCUUCCCCGGAAGACCAGGACCGAAGGGCCACCUGGUUCCACGCCUUGGACCUGCCGCAUAUGGAAGGCGUGCGCGCUCGGGUCAGCAGCAUUGUCAAAUGUGAAGCUACUGCCGAGAAAUUGAAGCCCUGGUACCCCUCUUGGUGCAAACGUCCCACAUUCAGCGAUGAAUAUUUACAAGCUUUCAACGAGCCGCACGUACAUCUCCUCGACACCGACGGCAAGGGACCAUCGAAUGCCACAGAGAGAGGCAUCGUCGUCGCCGGCGAGGAGUAUCCUGUCGACGUUAUCAUCUUUAGCACAGGCUAUUCCGUCACUGGUGGUCGUACGGGAGGUAGUCCAGCAGAACGAGUCGGUAUCGAGGUUCUCGGACGUAACGGUGUCUCAAUGGAUGAUAAAUGGCGACGCAACGGCGCUGCUACGCUACACGGGUAUCUCACGAGCGAGUUUCCCAACCUCUUUUUCUCUGGUACGUCCCAGGGUACCAUCACGGGCAAUAAUGUGUUCAUGUUGGGCCUCAUUGCUCGGCAUGUCACGUACAUUAUAUCCGAGGCUGAAGCACGAGUGGGUGCUGGUCAAAGGGCUAUUGUCGAGGUGACUCGAGAGGCAGAGGAACAGCACAGUCUAGAGGUUGCGAAGAGGGCCCCGUUCUUUUCGUCGCUUGCGGGAUGUACCCCGGGAUACUUCAAUGGACACGGACAAGCGGCCUCAGACGACCCCAAAGAGAGGGCCAAGCAGGCACGGGGAGUCGUGUGGGCUGAAGGUACAGUAUCCUUCUUGCAGUACAUUGGUAGAUGGAGGAACGAGGGCAAAUUGGAUGGAAUCUCUGUUUCAGCGCGACCCAGAGUCGCGUCCAAUAGCAUUGAAAGAUUGUCCAAGAUUUAA